CCUCUGCAAUAGAUUUACAUCAAGAAUUAAAACCUUUUGGGUAGGGAGAAUUGAUUUUGCUCACGACACAUCCAAGAUGAACCCCUUGACGAAACAGACUAGCGGCGAAUAGCCACCCUCAGUUCUUUUCAUCCACAUUCUGGCUGAUGAUUGAAUAGCGUCAAAAACCCUGUCAUAUAACUGAGAAAUUUUGAUAGAAUAUAUAUACAUAUGUAUAUAUUUUGCAACUUGUGAACUCAAAACCGUCUCUCUCCCCCGACAGUCCCUUCUUGAUUGAGAGUGUUCUACACAUAAUUCAUGCUUGAACAAUGAGUGAUGGGCAUCUCCUAAUCCUUUUUGUUCAUUCGUAUGAAUACUUCUCUUUUGAUAUUUUCAUGUAGAGACAACUCCGUCAAAGGCAUCUUGUAAACUGUUCCUAGUAAGACCACCGAACUCUCACAAAUUGGUAGUAUUAUAUGCUUUGUAUUCGCCCUUUUGUCCGUUAUGCUUUUCUUCAACUAGAGUACACAGAAUUCAUGCAUCAGCAAGCUGUCUUUUGGUAUAAAGUUGCUAUAUUUGUGUUUACUAUGUUCUCUUUUGAUGGAUUCUCCGCUGCUUGAUAUUUUUCCCUGGUAUGGUAUUACUUUGAUGGGUUGAAGUUGAAAUUUUGAAUUUAGGCAGAAACAGCUGCAAGUGAAACUACCACAUGGGAUUUUGCUUGUUAUUUGAUUGUAAAGGUACAGUCUUUGAGGGGAAAUUUGUUGUAGUUCGAUUGAUAUGGAACCACAACUGGGAUUGAUUGAACAAUCUUUUCAUGUUAGAUACUCAGAUGGGGUUAGAGAAGCACUUGAUGAAUUGGGUGAUAGUUUCCUUAUAACUGAUCCUUCCAUUUCUGGGCACCCAAUUGUGUUUGCUUCUAGUGCUUUUCUGAAAAUAUUUGGUUAUUCUAAAGACCAGGUGAUUGGGAAGAAUGGAAGAAUGUUUCAGGGGCCUAAAACUAAUCGAAGAUCUGUUCUGGAAAUUCGUGAGGCAAUUAGGCAAGAGAAGGCUAUACAGAUUAGUUUGUUGAAUUAUAGGAAAGAUGGGACUCCAUUUUGGAUGUUGUUUCAUAUGUGUCCUGUUUUUGCUAAGGAGGAUGGAAGGGUGGUUCACUUUCUGGGAGUUCAAGUGCCUAUCUUGAGAAAGUCCGGAGUUGUGAGGAAUCCCUCAAAGUUGUGUGAAGAUGGAACCGGAUUUCUUGGGUGCUGUCGGAGAGAGGUGACUUCUGAUUCAGUCAUGGAAGUGGGACGUGGAUUGGCUCUGGAUUACUUAUUGAACUCAGAUGAUAGAGAAUUAGAGAUCGAUCAGCCUUGUGAGGCAAGUGAGCUGGAGAAGAGGAAAGCUGCUACUGCUAUUAGCAACAUUCUCUCAGUCCUAGCUCACUAUAGUGCGAGUGAGGUCACUGGUCGAUUGGUGUGUGGAAAAGCAUGCUGCCUAUCUGGAAUGGGUCUUGGUGCCUCCAUUAAUAUAUCAUUUGGUAGAAUCAAACAAAGCUUUGUAUUAACUGAUCCACACUUACAUGACAUGCCAAUUGUGUAUGCCAGUGAUGCCUUUCUGAAAUUGACAGGUUAUGCACGGCAUGAAGUAUUGGGGCGUAACUGUAGAUUUUUAAGUGGGCUGGACACAGUUUCUGCCACUCAAUUUCAGAUAGCAGAAUGCAUUCGAAAUGAGAGACCAUGCACUGUACAUAUCCUUAAUUACAGAAAAGACAAGACUUCAUUUUGGAAUUUUCUUCACAUUUCACCUGUCCGUAAUGCUACAGGAAAGGUAGCAUACUUUGUGGGGGUCCAGAUAAGUAGUAGUUGUAACAGUCAGGGUAAACAAGGGUUGAGUCCUGCGAUGGAGCAUCUUAGCGUUGUGGGCGCUGUCAAAGUGGCGGUUAGAAGCUUGUCAAUAGGUGCCAGCACCUCCUAGCAGCCCCUAGUUUUUUCUGAUUUCAUUUUUUGUUAUCGUGGAUGUUGCUGCCUGAAAAGUCAUCGAUCAAAGCGGUUUCAGGAAAUGUAGAUGUUGGGAGACAUGGGAGGUAGAUUGUUGUAUAGUUUGGACUUCAUUGAACUUUGCAUUGUUUCUUAGGCGACUAAUGAUCUGGAACAGUGCCUUCAAAUUUAGUAGCGCGACUCCAGAUGAUAUUGCUUAGAGGUGCUUUGCUUCCCGUGUAAAGUUGUCUUGAUGUACAAACUCUUGUACUGAGAUCUGAACUGGUCAUGUAAGAAUUUGAC